AUGGCAGACCAGUUCUCACAUACACUCACAAUCUUUUCCUUGUUGUCCCAGAUUGAACUGAAAACAGCCCCAGCCGAUUUCCGUUUCCCUACAACAAAUCAAACAAGGCAUUGUUUCAGUCGAUUCAUCGAGUUUAACAGGUGCUUGGCUGCUAAGGGUAAAGGGUCUAACCAAUGCGAGAGAUUUGCCAAAUACUACCGGUCUCUUUGUCCUGGUGAAUGGAUUGAGAAGUGGAAUGAGCAGAGAGAGAAUGGUACGUUUCAGGUCCUCUUGAGUGUGAUUACACAACUGGACAACUUAUAUUUCAUCAUCGUCUUUAGCUAUAGUUUCAAUGGUUAUUCUUUAAAUCUUCAAAUUAAUAAUCUACAAGUGGAGAUUUGCGAUAAAACCUGA